AUGGCUCCCUCCCUUCACUCCCUCCCUCCUCCAUCCAAAAAGCGCAAAAUACAAAAGGAUGUGGAAUAUUCGAAGACCAUAAAACAGCUUGAAGAUGAUUUAACCGAGGCCGUAGCCAAGAACGCAUCUCUCAACCCUUUGGCCGACCUCCUUGCACUCGCAUACGAAGUCAAGGAUCCCCAUGACACCUCGAAAGCGAUCUACGCGUUGUACAGGGUCUUUGUGACUGUCAUAACUAAUGGGAAGCUUGGGCUUGCAGGAGAUGAAGCGGCAAAGCUCGUGAAGACUUGGAUCUGGGAGAGGCUGCAGUCCUAUGUCGACUUUUUGGGCGGACUCUUGCAAGACGACGAGAAGUUCCUUCGGACUUCAGCUUUGCAGAUCAUGUUCUCGCUGCAAAAGCAUCUCUCCACAUCAUACACAAAAUCCUCACAUCCAACAAAGCCACAACCGCAAUUCCAUGCAUCACACUUCCGGAAAAUUGUGUCGUCUCUGCUGCUAUGUCCUCAUUCCAAACGGAGAACAUCGACGUCCAAGCCAGACGGUGGUAUCUUGGACCCCGACGUUCUGAACCUCUUCUACGACACAUGGUUCAGUGUACACGACGACAUCCGGUGGUUCUUCCUUCGCGAUUCCGCGACACUUCUAACCACCCAUCCAACGGACGAAUACCCCAAUCUCGCCGUCAACCUCCUCUCCAUCCUCGAACGUCUGACGACAUUCCCAACUGAACAAUCCGAGCUCAACGAAUGGUGGGUGUCCGAACUCGGCUCCAAACCGCCCAAGCCCAAGAAAUCGAAGAAGGUUGCCGACGUUGAUGAGUCCUCUGAUGAGGAGGACAAAGAGACCAAGAAACCAGACGGCGAAGAGGACGACGAUUGGCGCAAGUUCUUCGACGACGACCCUGCCCCGGUGGAUGGCGGCAAAGCGAAGUCGUCAGGUGUCAGGUUGCAUCAGAUGACGAUACACCAAUCUUUGCAUGCGCUCUCGUCGCAUCGGGCGGUGUUUACGAGGGCAUGGUUGACGCUCCUUCCGAGGUUGAGUGUCAAGGGGGAUGUGGAGAAGACCAAGGCUUAUGCGACGAGGGCGCUGAAUAUCAUGCAUCGGGGUGUGCUGCCACAUUUGACGAGGGCGAUUCUGGUCAUGGAUUGGGUUGGGGCGUGUGUGGAUCUCGGCGGUUCCGUUGGGCUACUUGCUCUCAACGCUCUUUUCAUGCUCAUUAAGGAAUACAACCUUGACUACCCUUCAUUUUACACCCGCCUUUAUGCAUUCCUCGACCGCGACGUUCUCCACCUGAAACACCGAGCUCGUUUCUUCCGCCUGACGGAGCUAUUCCUGAGCUCAACGCAUCUACCCGCCGCUCUUCUCGCCUCCUUCGUCAAGCGUCUCUCUCGACUAUCCCUAUCAGCACCUCCGGCAGCGAUCGUUAUGAUUAUCCCGUUCACAUACAACAUCCUCAAGCGGCACCCUGCGUUGAUGCCGAUGAUCCAUCGGGUGGAGUAUGACGAGACCUCCAAAGAUCCGUUUCUACCAAACGAGACCGACCCGAUGAAGACCAAUGCAAUCGACAGCUCACUCUGGGAGCUCGUGUCACAUACGCAGCACUACCACGCGCCAGUGUCGACGAUGUGCAAGAUCUUCUCGGAGGCGUUCACGAAGCCUGGAUACGCGAUGGAGGAUUUCCUGGAUCAUACGUACAACACGCUCUUUGAGGCGGAGGUGAAUAGGAAGAUCAAGAGAGAGCCGCCGUUGGCGAUGGAGGCGAAGAUUGAGGUCUUUCCCAGUGGGAAGGAGGCCGAGGUGGCCGAGAGUGGUGAGGAUGGGUUGGUUGCGAUUGGACAGAGGGACAUUGUUGGCGAGCUAUGGGCGUUUGGUUAG